AUGCAUCAAUUGCUGAAUUUGGAGACAGAAGUUAAAUAUAGACAAGAGAAAUCAACUAAACCCAAUACUAAAGACAACGAGACAAAUAUAAUAUCAAAACAAGAAGAUCAUUCAGGAGAUGCAGGAAAUAAACAAGAUGAUCAUUACAAAAAAAAAUUAUCACCAAUACGAUAUAAAUUAAGAUCAUUAUUAUUACCAUUAAUUAGAUAUGAAACAGAUUUACUUUUUAAUUUACAAACUUUAUUAAGAAAUCCAAUUUUUGAUUUUUAUUUUGCAUGGACUGCAAAUUUAGCAAGUCAUACAUUUUAUGUAUUAAUGUUACCACCAGCAAAUUGGUUUGGUGGUAGUAAAUUAGCAAGAGAUUUAGUUCAUGUAUUGGGAUUAGGAAUAUAUUUUACUGGGUUUUUAAAAGAUUAUUUUUGUUUACCAAGACCAAGAUCUCCUCCUUUACAUAGAAUUACAAUGUCAAGUUAUACAACUCAGGAAUAUGGAUUUCCUUCAUCUCAUUCUGCUAAUGCUACUGCUGUUACUUUAGUUGUAUUAACAAGUAUUAUUAAUAUUAAAGAUGCUUUUAAUUCAACAACUUAUUAUUCAUUGAUUAUUGGACUUUCAAUAUAUUAUAUAUCAUUAAUUUUUGGUAGACUAUAUUGUGGAAUGCAUGGAUUUUUAGAUAUUUUAGUUGGUUCAUCAGUUGGUGUAUUGGUGUUUUUAUUUAGACAUUAUUUAGGUGAAUGGUGGGAUGAUUUAAUACUAGGUCAUGGAAUGACUUUCGGGAUUAUUGCAAUAACAAGUGUAUUUUUAUUUUUAAUUCAUAUAUAUUCAGAACCAGUUGAUGAUUGUCCUUGUUUUGAUGAUUCAGUAGCGUUUGUUGGUGUACUAAUGGGAUUAGAUUUCAGUCAUUUAAUUGCUCGUUCUACAAAAUAUUUUUAUAAUAUAGAUAAUUAUGGUGAUUAUUAUCGUGUGCCAUUCAAUGUGGAAUCUGGAUUGAUAAUACUUGGGUUAAGAUUCAUUAUAGGGGUUACCUUAGUUGUAAUUUGGAAAACAAUUUCAAAACCAAUAAUUUUCACAAUACUACCACCAAUUUAUAAAUUUGUUGGAGUUUAUUUACCAAGAAAAAAUUAUAUAUCAACAGCUUUUACAAAUCAAACUACUAGAAAUAUUAGAUCAACAUCAAUAUCAAAUGAUGUAUCACAAAUUGGUAAUAUAAAUAAUUUUAUUAAAGGAGUAUCAGAUCGUCAAAAAUUAGAUAAUAUUGGACCAAGUAGUGAUAUAGAUUAUUAUGAAAUGAUUGAUUAUAAUAGAAAAAAUGAUUUAAGUAAUAAUGUUGAUCCAGAUAAAUAUAAUUUUAAAAGUGGAGUUUUUAAAUAUCGUUAUGAUGUUGAAAUUAUUGGUAGAUUAAUUGUUUAUGCUGGUGUUGCAUUUACUGCAAUUUGGGGAUUUUAUUUUGUUUCAAAUUAUUUACAAAUAUAA